CACAUCCAAAGAGCAAGCAAGACAGCGUGCAAGGCAGAGAUGGUGCCGGAAAUAACAGACGAGGCGAUUGAGGCCUUCGUCUCGUUCACCAGCGCCUCCAGGGAACGGGCAAUUGCGUUUCUCCAACACAAUAAUGGCGACUCCCAUAGAGCUAUCAAUGCUUACUUUGAAAAUCCAGACGACCCUCUACCGCCGGUCGAGGAAAUUCUACCAAACCCCCUCCCCCGCGAUUUCCACAGCCCAACUCCUCAGAGAUCGUUUGAUAUCGACCGUAUAGAUGUUGGCGGCUUGUCAGCCCCGUCCCGUCCGCCGUCACGAGUCGGUAUCCGUGAGAAGAAGAAUGUAGAGUCUACGACCCAGACGCCGAACACAUUAGGGAACCCGAAUUAUUCGGACGAUUUGAACACUGAUGGCCUUACGUUAGCGGAACGCGAGGAGCACGAGAUGCAGCAUGCGAUCACGGCGUCACUUGGGCACAAUAUUGCGUCUGGAGAACAGGAAUCGGGCGUCACCGCGGCAGAGGGUGCGCAGUUUGGUCCUGCAAAUAGGGAAUACUAUGAUACUGAGCUGUGGGCCUUGACGCUACCUAGUGCUAUUUCUAGGGAGAUAUCUAUUGACCCGGACCCUGAGCUUAGACGGCGGAUAGACGACACGCCUCGAUUUCUUCGACCGGGACCGGAGGCAGACCAUUUCCCUGCCUUUUUGACUAUUCUGCACUCUAUACCAAUAGCCAGGGAAGAGCUCCUUUGGAGAGAUAGGGUGGCUCCAGAUUACGGCAAUGACAGCCAAUGGUGGAAUGGACAGCCGGCUUUGACUACUCUUGAGCAAGCAGAAGCACCAUGGGAGGACGCUGUGCAUGAGACCCAACGGCUAAUGGCCUUUUUGGACCGUUCUCAGCGAGCCUUUGGAAGCGCAGAUGUCCUAUCUGGUCUUCCUUCUCUAAAAUGUUGGAGGGGUGAGGACAGAAUAGCUACGUUCUUAAAGCUUUGGGAGGAAAUCUCGCCCCCCCCGGAAGGGGAAUUGCCCCAAAAAACAUUUUACUCCAGAGGUGUCAAACAGGCACUUUCGGAGGACGAGUGUGCCAAUGAACCAUUCUCAUUGCUAGACCUUUCAAUUGACAGGACCUCUGGAAGGAAUCUAUAUGACCUCCUAGAUGGACAUAUAUGGUGUGAUAUGCCUGGUAAGGAGUUGGACGAUAUCUGGCUAGAAGAAGUUGCACCUGUUUUUACUAUGCGGAUAACCAAUCACGACGGUAACAGGAUUGAUUUGAAAGUCCCUUCUGUUUGGUAUCCUGACCGGUACAUGAAGCAUUGCAAGGAGUUUGCAGUGGAGCUUAGGAGACGUCGUGUUGUUGUUGACGUUGAGCUGGAGAAGUUGGGGGCGAUGGUUGAUCGAUAUCUAUCUAAGAGGGGAAGCAUCUCUGUUGAUACGAUGGUCCAGAAAGUACUUGCUGGAUCUCGGGUGGCUCUGACUGGGCCAUACCAGGUCGAUGGAGCUCCGUCUACCACGCAAGAGGAUGUAGUCGAUUUAAUUGAGAAGUUGAAAACAUUAACGGAGCAGAUUACCCAUAAAAUACAAGAGCUGGAAGAAAGAAAAACGCAAGCCAUUGAGAGUCUCCGGCAGCUAUCCAACUGCUUUACUGGUCAGGCUUCAUCUGCAGAGGAGUCACCAAGACAUAAGUAUACCCUUCGCGGCGUAUGCACGGAGCCGCACAUAUUUUAUGUGCUGAGACCGCGGAAACCGGAAUUGGAUCUAAUGACGGACGAUGUCCCCGACGUACCAGCAACCGAGCAGUGGCAGUGGUGGAGGUUCAGCUUCUCAGUCGAUGAUGCGAAAGUCGGCAGCACCGGAUCUGCGAGCCUGAAACCGUCUAAUCAGAUUGAACCGUCCGCGUCAGGACCGACCAGUAGCAAGCCAGUAUCCAGGGCUACGGUAGCCGAUAACGUGGAUAUCGUUGGGUACACUGCGCGCCCCGUGCGAGAGAUUGAAGUGCUUCAUGCGGCAAAGGAGGAAUCCUCGAGUGUUGUCCUGGUUUAUGCCAACGAAGAGGCCAUGAGCUUCGAGGCUGGGGAACUUCCCGAACCAUUAAAGAACUUCAUCGACAAGGACAAUGAGCUGUUCGAGCAAGAGCUUGCAGAGUUUACUGCCGAAUAUGAAGGAAAGACGAACACGGCUAAACAGGAGGAUCUUCUGAUGAAGGAUAUGACUAACGAUGGCGAGGAGGAAACCGGGGAGAAAGCAGACGUCAAGGGACAAGAGAUGCAAGAACGAGCAGGGCAGCACAGUGCAAGCAUCAUGCCUCCGCCGGGGCUGCCUCGACAGCGAGCUGGUGCUGGUGGCCAGGGGACCUUGAUGGACCAGAUCACGGAGGAGAACGAGCACGACGAGGAUAGUAUGCAGGUUGACGUAGAGACAAGCGCAGCCUCAGCAGCGUAGUCAUAAUAAUAUCCUUCAUAUCCUCUUUGCUUGUAUUUUUAGAUCCAUCAUCCCUUCAUUUCGUGCCUGGCACUUAUCAGUAUUGAGUUCUUCCUAAUCGAGUUAAGGUUCGGUUCCUGGCAAGCAAAAACUGACGUCAAAACAACCAUCGACAACCUGCAAAUUACAACAACAACGACGACGACGACG